GAUUCAUCUCCUCCUCCUUGGUAUUGAUCCGGAUUUCGUUCUUCAUCUGUGAUCGAGAGCGCCCGGUGAAACAGCUUAUGGUUGCAGGAAAUUGUAAUUGCUUUACGAUUAGCAGAGUAAUAAAUUGGAAGUGGUUUAUUUCCAUUUCGGAUGGACAGCCUACAGCGUAGCUGCUCACCCGAACGUAGCGCAAGGAUGUCGGGCAGUGAAGCAAGUGUCGGUGAUCAUGGUCGGCAAGUCUCACCGAGUGCAGGACGAUCGGACGCGCCGCCGGUCGGCCCAACAUUACUUUCCUACUCAGAGAGCCGCCGCGCAGUCGCCAGAAGAAACCGCUUGCGCUACAGAGCGACUCGAGCAGUGUUUCUCUCGACGGCAGCCACGUGUUCCUCCACUCUCCUGCUCCACCACACCGCAACCGCAGCACAACCUGCUUCACCAUCCGACGCGAUCGUCGUGUCCGAGCCUAUGUAUUCAGAGUCCUCCAUCCUCUUCGACAAAACCGACGGUUUUCUCCAUUCCGACGCGAAGAAAAUGGCUACCGCCGGCGAUGUCUUUUUUUACCGGAAAUUUCAGCAGAUUUUUCAGCAGGAAGACAAGAAACAAACGAAACUCCCGCUCUCUCAACAAGCGCUCUGUGCUCAGUUGGCCGACGAAAAAGCAAUCCAAAUCAACGCAACCACUGGCGCCACGCCCGCAGACGAGGUCGCGAGAGAGACCAUGUUCUACCUGCUGGCGCAGCAGGACUUGAAUGAUGGGAAGACGAAAUGUGUGGACCGGGAAAAGGCGAAUUUUCCGAGUCUGAAGGCGCUGGAUGUGUUAUUGACGGACGAGAACGCGUCCAAAUUGGAGCAGUACUACGCAAUCCGCGGUUUGUCCGCGGCACCAAAAGCAAAGUCGAAGAAGAAAAAGUAUUUUUGAUAUGGAAGUAGAUGUAGAUGGUCCAGGUCGUGUAUAGAUGACUUCAAUUUGUUCUUGUAGCUGUACCUGCAGUUGUGUUGAUCUUCUAUCGCGGUGGACAUAAUUGAUCAUCAAACGCAUUUCUUGCAGUAUUUCGAUUCAAAUGAACUAGAUACUUUCAUCUGAAACUGAAUCCAGGUACCUCGCUCUUCUGAAAUCCGUCUUGGCCGAAGACCAGAGGAAGUCCGCCGCCCCGGGGAGCGCUUUGAUCCUUACCGCACUGGCCAUGGCAAAGGAUUUCCGCGGGAAGGAGGCCGCUGACAUUCCGAAGGACCUCCUCGAGAAGGCAAACGAAAAGUUUUUCGGCAAGAAGUUUGCGAAGAACAAGGAAGAACUACCCGAGCCCCAGGCGCUUUUUGACGCGGGAAACAAGUACGUCGAAGCGUACUCGGUUUUCACCCUGAUGGUCGCGCUUUCGGACCUCCUCGCCGCCAUGGACAAGGGGGAAGAUACUGUAUGGCUCGGCGGUUCGAAAAAGGCGGUGCUCGCGACGCUGCGGAAAACGUUUUUGCAGGACACUGCGGAAUCGAAAAAAAAAUUCCUCACGAACGUGAAGCACGGAAUGGAGAAAGCAGGACCGGCGCACAGGGUACGGAAAGUAAGUAGGAAAAUUAUGGGCGUAUUUGUUGUUUUGCCGCUGCAUAAAAGUUUCUCUCCACCGCAAGUGCUGACGAGAAACAGACGGACAUGUUGAAGCAUAACCUGAAACCGGGUCUGCUCUAUGUCUAUGUGAAACAAAUCGUCAGGCCUUCGCCCUCUUUGCCUUGAAAAGCGCUGCUGCGUCUGGAAUUUUGGAUUUGUCCGCUGCAGAUGUCGUGGUCGCAAAAGUUGUGAGCAGUAACGAGAAGAGCUUGGAACUGAAAGCCUCGGACUUUUUUGGCGCGAAUUUGGAGAGCGUUUUUCUGGUUGAAGAUGGGAAAGAGACGAAGCUGAGUUCAUCGAAGGGCUCGGACGGGACGCUGUACGAGGCGAAGAUCAAGGUGCAACCAGAAAAAUUAUGUCAUGGUUUAGGUUUACUCUUCUUGCGCAUUUUUAUGUUGUUCAUCAUCUUGCUCGCGGCACCCAUACAUAAAAUCUUCAGGCCACCGCACCUACCGACAAAGGCGCGACCGCGAAGUUCAAAGUCGGUUCUAGUAAAACGGGCAAGGCAGCAACUUUCGAACUGUCCUACACACCAAAGGCAACGGCGAGUAGUAGUACUACGAGUACAACAACUAGAAGUUCAACCACUACAUCAACCACGACUACAAAAUCCAAAACUACCACCACUACAACUUCAAAGAAGAAAGAAAAAGCGAAAAACAAGCCAGCAAGACCUCCGACACCAGCGAAGAAGAAGGAACUGAAGCGACAGUUGGCCGAUAAUCCCUACACGGCGAAGAUCAUGGCUUUGACUUUGGAUGUCGGCACGAAGAAGCACCAGGCAGAGACGGCUUUUUCCUUGGAGGACGGGAAGAAGCUGCAGGCGGACUUGAGACUGGACGACACGAUGAGCUUGUAUUUAGAUAUGACGGUCAGUGACGUAGGGACAACUGGGAAAUCGGUCAAGCCGCAGCAGGUUAGUACUACACGUCAUAUGUUGAUGUUGUUUGCCUCCUGGACGAGGUGCGGCGCACUGUAUUUUCCAUUGAGGAGUCAAGGUCUUGCUCAUGUGGAAGGUUCUUCAGCUUCGUUUUCAUUCUGCAAUCCUGAUCCUGAAUAAAGUACGUCUACAUAAGUACAUCAAGAGAAAAAGAACGGAUCUUAUUUACCACCCUCCAGGUUGCCCUCCUCUUGAAGUACCUAGAGGAAAAGUCCGGCGCGAAAAGGCCCCUCGGCCUUCCCCUCACCCAGACCGUGUGGCUGAACGCGAAACAGGAGGAGGACCAGACUAGUUUCGAGCUCAGCUGCGCGUUGAGCUCGAAGAAAUGCAUGCUCGCCUACGACGGAUUCUAUGAACUUUCCAUUAUCGUCGGGGAUAAGCGGAUCAAGAACGCGAUCGAGGAAAAAAUCGGCACGAUCGAAUUCGUCUUCUCCCAACCGAGCGAGAUGACGAUCACGAACAGCAAGUUGCCGAAGCAGGGGGAAGAGCUGCGGAAGGACAGCAGUCUGCACAACGCGCUGGCGACCUCGGAGUUUAAAUAUUUUGCCGCGGUGGAACCGAUCGAGCACAUGUUUCGAAAACCGGAAAAAAGGCCAAAUCACUUGCUGCCAACCAUUUUCGUGUCACUCGUUUGCUUCCUCUUCGGGGUGAUGUGCCUGGCCAUGGUGACAAGGUAGAACAAGAUGUUAGUACGCGUUUAUUGAUGCAGAAGUCUGCAUGAUUGACUCCUGUGCUACAAACUUACUGUUUUGGCGGAGAGGAUACAAAUCUCGCAUGAUACCCAACGCAAAAAAACUCCCUUCAGGUGGAACCUCUCCCUGCUUACCCACAGCAAGACCGCGCUUUUCUUUCUCACCGGCUUGGGGUCGGUCGUGUUUCUCCUGUGGAACUUCUACUUCUAUCUCCCAUUGUUCGGCAUGGUCACGUACCUAGUUCCAAUCUUCGUGGUUCUGGUGUUCCUGGGAAACGCGGAACUGUGUGCGUGUAAGGAGACCAGGUGGCGUUUAUCCAGGGCCAUGGCCGCGGGCGGGAUGGCUGGGAAGAAGGAUUAGACAGGUUCUGGAGAUAGUGCUGGUUGUAGCACCAGCGUCGAAAGGGACAGAACCAACAAGAAGAUACCUACGCACCAAAAUGUUGAUCCGUCGCAGACGCUGCUAGUAUCUAAAAAGAACUUAGUCGUAGCAGCAAUAGAAGAAGAAGACAAAGUGGAUCUUCACGACUGUAGUGAUGGUCAAUUUGUUGAGAAUACAGGAGAGUUUCAGAAUUUGAGAAAAAUGGAAAGCUUUCGCGUCGCUGUCUACGAGCGACAAUGAU